UUUCUUUAUAUUUUCAGCCAGCUCUGCUCGUCUUUACCUUUGCACCUUCCAACCUUUGUUCGGUAAAUAUGUAGUGGUCUAAACAGCAUGUUCUGCUUUUUUCUCUACAAGACUGAAUAUUAUGCCAACAUCCACGUUCCUCCAUAAUACGGACACUGCAUUAAGAUAUGGAGAUGCAAGCGAUUAACAUAAAGCAAUGGCUACAAGAGAACAAGAUGUCUUUCUUGCCUCCUGUGUGCAACAAGCUUAUGCACAAUAGUCAGCUGAUGGUAAUGUUUGUGGGAGGCCCAAACCAGAGGAAAGAUUAUCACAUUGAAGCGGGAGAAGAGUUAUUUUACCAGCUGGAAGGCGAUAUGUGCCUGAAAAUAAUUGAGAAUGGAGAACAUAAGGACAUUCACAUUAAGGAAGGGGAGAUGUUUCUGCUUCCUGCUCGGAUCCCGCAUUCUCCGCAAAGAUUCCCCCACACGAUCGGGCUUGUGUUCGAGAGGAGGAGAUCAGAUGCAGAGAAGGAUGGCUUGAGGUAUUAUGUGGAAAACUCCACUGAAGUUUUAUUUGAAAAGUGGUUUCACUGUGAAGAUCUUGGAACACAACUCAGGCCAAUAAUUAAUGAAUUUUUCAACUCAAAACAAUAUAACACAGGAAAACCUGACCCAGACCAAAUACCAGAGAAAAUUCCGUUCCCGCUAAAUACUGAAAAAGUUCUGGAGCCCUUUUCCUUUCAGAGAUGGCUAGAUUCACACCACUUGGAAAUAAAGACGAAAAAACAUGUAAAUUUGUUUGAAGAUCGUUUUGAGACUAAGGCUGCAGUGUAUGGAGCAGGAGAAACACCAAAAAACACAUUAUAUAUAGAAACCUGGAUUUGGCAGCUGGAGGGCUCCUCUGUGGUAGCUGCUGGUGACCAAGUUCUGAUGUUAACUUCUGGAGACAGCCUUCUCCUACCAAAACAGUCUGUGUUUUCCUGGAAGAGACAUGACGGGUGUAUUGCCUUCUGCGUUCGCAUGGAACCCACUCAACGGAAAGCUUGUAAUUAAGACUUGAUCAGAGGAUUUUCCAAAGAGAACAGCUGCAUUCUUUUCAUGACACAGUUGCCACUAAACAUGUUCACGAAUAAAUUUGAUAUCUGAGAA